CACUUCCCUCCCUGUUAGAAAUAAAAGAAUCUCCCUCAGUCUGUGUUUCUCACAGAGCAACCAAAAUGGACACGGUCAUUUACCUCCUUGUUCUUUCGACACUAUCACAGCUUGUAGUACCUAAAGCUCCCCCUGUGACCUCAUUCAGAGCGGUAAUAGAGAUGGUGUCAGGGGAUUCAAGGAUCUUCUCUGGGGAAAGUAUCCAGCUGAAAUGCAGCAUUCCUGAUGUCCACAAGUCCUCCUGGGAUUACUUAUGGUUCAGGGGAUCUGAGGAGCUUCCACAGAUUGGGGAGCAUCUCUUUCUGUGGAAAGCCAAUGUUAAAGAGAGUGGGAAAUUUUACUGCCAGGGAGUGAGGGACACAGCGGUGGGAAACAUAUACACCCUCCAAAGUCUGCCAUUAGAGAUCAGCAUUGAUGGAGGGUGGGCUAUCCUACAAGUCCCCCCUCAUCCCAGCCUUGUCGGAGACACCUUGAAGGUUACGUGUCGCGUCCGAGGCCAACCCCAACUUCAUGAGGUGAUUCUGUACAAAGAUGGCAUUGAAGUUAUGAGACAAAAUGGCCUCAACCCACAUUUCUACCUGACCAACAUAACCCUCGGGGACCAAGGAAUGUAUUCUUGUAGGGCUUCCUGGGACAUAGACAGACGUACACGCUCCGUAAUUUCAGCUGAUGCUCCUGUGCAGGUCUUAGAGGUUCUGUCGCAGCCAGUUUUGGAGAUUAUUGCAGACAAUAACCUGAUUCCAGUAAAUAAGAUGAAGCUCAUCUGCCACCUCCAAUACAACGCCCCUGCUCCUGCACCCCCAAUACACUACUAUUUCUACAAGAAUAACGACCGACUGGGAACAGCAACCUCUGAGAACCAUGAUCUGGUCAAACGAACUCCAGGCCAGUACAGCUGCAAGGCCAAGGUGCCUGAAUUGGCUCUCACCAGGUGGAGUGAGCCCAAAAGCUUUGGACAAGUGACAGGACCACAGACGAUGAUGCCUCAAAUUCUUCAUUCUAGAGACCCACGGCCUUUAGCUGCCCCAAUCUCAUCCCAAGACCUCUCCCUGCCUCCUGCAGCUAAGCCAACAGCAGCCUGGCCCUCCCCUCACCGAUCCACUGUAACUCCUACUUUUAUUCAGCCUACUGAAGUGGGCACCCAAUCCAAUCCAGGUCCUCCACUGAAACCUUCACAGCCAGCACCAAGCACUCUGCAAUCUACUGUCCAGUCUCUCAACCAAACUGCUAUCCCAGAACUUGUCACUAUGUCUGGUGAUAUGUUUGUGGAAUCUGGUGACAUGCACGAGGAAUCUGGUGACAUGGCUCUUGACUCUUCACAUCUUUAGCAAUCUGAUAUCAAUCAUAAGUUUUUUUUUAAUUCUUUGACCAUUUGGUAAUUUGGGGUUGUUAAAUGGAUGUUGUCAUUGUGCUCUGUGUAUGAUGACAUUGUAAGAUAUUAAGGCAUUUUUGCCUUGUUUACCUUUGUCAUUUUUCUAAUCUUUUCAUAGUGUGAUUUUUUUCUAAAAUGCCUUCUUCCCCUAAUUACCUGGUUAGCAACAUGUGUGUUUUCUCAAGAUGUUUCACCCACCAGUUGGUCUCAUUUUUGUGGAUUGAAUGAUUUACCCUGCAUUUAUGCAUAAAGAACUGUUGUGAUGCAUGUUCAUAUACCUGAUUGUGUAGAUCAACAUUGUAAAUAAAUAUACCAGCAGUAAACGAGA